CAUCGUGUGACAUGCUGAAGCUUCGCUAAAACAGUAUUAAAAAUAUGGCUUUUGCUUCCAGAAAUAUCGAAAUUAUUGACAGCGAUGAUGACGAACUUGACCAUGAAGUAUGCUUCGGUGAAUAUCGAGGAGAGAUCGUUGGUAUUCGAUACUAUAGCGGUACAGUUAACCGAGGAGAAAUGGUUUCACUCAACAGAGAGCCUCACAACCCUUACGACAACAAUGCCAUAAGAGUCGACAAUGUUUUCGGUGUACAAGUUGGUCAUAUCAAGAGAACCUUGGCUAUGCCUUUGGCUAGUGUGAUUGAUAGACGCUUAGUACGUCUGGAGGGCACAGUUCCUUAUGGUCAAAACAAUGUCUAUUCCAUGCCCUGUGAUUUGGCAUUCUGGGGUAGACCAGAGAAUCAAGAACAAGUUAUCCAGAUAAUGCGCCAGUAUGGAUUUAUACUUCUAAAAGCAUAUAAUAACAAACCAGCACCAAGCAAAGGAGACUAUACUAACUACUCCAUUCCUACUUCAAUCAAGAUUUCCCAAGAUCAGAUGCACAAUGAACUAAACAAAUUGUUUGAUAAAAUGGAAGAGAUGGACAAGGGUGACAAAACUGCAGCAGAAGUCGAACCAGCGGAGGUGAUUAAGACAAAGCUAUAUCCACAUCAAAAGCAGUCUUUAGCCUGGAUGAUCACGAAAGAAAACAACAAAGACCUACCACCAUUUUGGGAGGAAAGAACAAAGAAUGGUAAAAAGGAGUAUUUUAAUACAGCUACAAAUUAUGCGACAACAAAGAGACCAUCUUGUGUUAAAGGAGGAAUACUUGCAGAUGAUAUGGGUCUUGGGAAAACCUUACAGAUCAUCUCAUUGAUCCUUACAAACUUCCAUGAUGGAAAGCCUCUUGCCACGCUUGAAGACUCUGGAACAGGAAUAAAUAAGACAUUAAAGCAGAAAGUCAGAAGACCAAGUAAGCAUUCUUCAAAGAAAAAAUCAACCAGCAAGAAAAAGAACAAAAAAGCUGUAGUAGUUGAGAGCAGUGAGGAUGAGGAGAUGUCAGACGAUAAUGAUAAUGAAGCCAUAGGUAUUGAAAAUUCUAAUAAAGUCAUGAUAGGAAAGACUGAUCCUGAUUUUAAACCUGUAGCAGAGGUUAAUGUGGAAACAGAAAGUACAAAUAUUAGACGCUCUGCAAGAUCCAGGAAGAAACCAGCAAAAUACACAGAGGUAGAUAGUGAUGUGGAUGAGGAGGCUGAAACUGUUGCACCAUCACCAAAAAAGAAAUCCAAGAAAAAGCAGCCGUCAAUUAAACAUGUUCAGAACACAGAUCACCCUGUUGAAGAACAACAACAAAGUGACUGUCAUAUCAUAUUACCACCUUUGCCAAGCUUCGCAAAGGAUGAUAACUCAGAUGCCAAAGACACUUCUUCAUUGUCUGUUGGUGCUAUCAAUACCUGUUUAACCACAAACAAUUCUUCAAAACAAGGAUCAUCAAAAACUGGCGUAGGAUCUACAGCAGGAAAACGGAAGGCAGUGCCAAGUGGUGGUCGCCGUCCAACCUUGGUAGUUUUUCCAUUGUCUGUCCUUAGCAGCUGGGAGAAUGAACUAGAGAUGCAUGUCCAUCCUAACCUGAUCAACAUCUACACCCACUAUGGCCAAAACAAAACCAAAGAUAAAAAAUUUCUUGAAGAACAAGAUAUUGUACUUACAACGUACCAGAGCUUAUCUGCAGAAUUCUCAAGGGGCAAAUCUCCCUUAAAGGAAGUCAAGUGGUUACGCGUAAUUCUGGAUGAAGGUCAUCUCAUCAGGAACCCCAGAGCGCAAAUGACCAAAGCAGCUCAUGCACUGGACGCUGAGCGUCGAUGGAUCGUUACUGGAACACCCAUCCAGAAUUCCAUGAAAGACUUGUGGUCCAUCAUUUGCUUCUUGAGGAUGGAGCCUUUCUUGGACCGACAGUGGUGGGUACGAAGUAUCGAAAGGCCUAUAAGUCAGGGGGACAAGGCAGCAUUAGGGUAAGAACUGUCAUUUCUUAUAGUUUCUUGCUUCAAAAAAUA